AUGCCCUGUCGCCCAAUGAGGGCCCUGCAAUCGGGGGCGCCCACUCGCCUCUCUGCCCAGUGCCAGCGAGCGAGCGUCGGGUCCCGCCCGUUUUCCCAAGCCACCCGUGGGCCUCGUGAGGAAAAGAGCACAACGCCCACAGCGUGCCUGCAUUCUGUGCACAAGGGGGGGGAAAACAAUGACCGGGGGGAUGGGAUUCCUCAGUCCCAGGUGCAGCAGCAGCGGCGGCACCCCAUCCAUCACCGUACUCUUCCGCACCCCCCGCCGUUCUCAAUUCGCUCUGGUCCCCGGGAACUUCUCGUUCUUCUCCUCGUCUGUCUGCCUCCCCCGACAGCGGCCAUCUUCUCAGGCCUUUCCCCACUGCUUCGCCUGAAGAUCCCUCAUCGUUGCCAACUUCAGAGCUUCUGCCCCCGUUAUCGCAGCUGGCUCUGUCCGACUCCUUUUCAGCUGGCCUGGACCGCCAGUAUGGACUCUGGACUCUAG